CUCUGCUGAGCUUUAUCCUUGACUUGCUUGAAUGGUGUCUCGGAGCUGUUGUGUGUUUAACCGCCAUAAAAACAUUUUCUCUCUCGUUUUUAACCCUGCAGUGUUUUUCCUGUUGGCCUCCAUCCAAGCCUCAGUCCUUCCACCGCCAGCAGUUUUAACUCUCGCCUUAUCUCCCUCCGCCUCUCUCUGUGUAAACACGCAGCACAUGCUCGUACCUUCUUUAUGCUCACACUGAUUCCACAAAGCUGUUUACGCAGCAUGAACAUGAGGAGAGUGUGGUGCUGUGCAGCUCAACGUGUGUUCAUGGUUCACGCUGUGUUUGUGUUCAAAGUUUGAUACUUAAGUUUAGUUUUCCUCUUCUGUCUCUGCGUGGUGAAAACUUAAAUCAUGGGCGCCAACGACCUCAACAUGAACUCUGACCCCGUGAGUUCAUCACCUCCUGCCCGAUCCCGGAGUCCCUUCAACAGCAUCAAGUUCUUUGUGUUCUGCCACAGCCUGCUGCAGCUGGCGCAGCUGUUGGUGUCGGGCUACAUGAAGAGCUCCAUCUCCACCAUCGAGAGACGCUACGGCCUCUCCAGCCAGAAGUCAGGGCUCCUGGCUGCUUUCAACGAGGUGGGGAACACGGUCCUCAUCGUGUUUGUGAGUUUCUUUGGAAGUCGAGUCCAUCGGCCUCGGUACAUUGGAGGCGGAGCUCUGCUGGCCUGCCUGGCCUCGUUGCUGAUGGCACUGCCACACUUCCUGGGAGGACCGUACGAGUACACGGACCGCAUCAGCUCCUCCAGUCCUAACUCCAGCCUCUGCCAAUCAGAGAGCACCCUCGCCACCUCAUCAUCCAAUCAGAGCUGCAGCCAGCAUGAGAGCCGCGUCCAGGAUAGGAUGUACCCUCUGCUGCUGCUGGGUCAGCUGCUGCUGGGUAUCGGAGCCGUCCCCAUCCAGCCCUUUGGCAUCUCCUACAUUGAUGACUACGCCAGCAGGAAGAACUCCCCGCUCUACCUCGGGAUCCUCCUCGCCGUGACCUCCAUCGGCCCGGCCGUUGGCUUCAUCACCGGCUCCCUCAUGCUGCGCUUUUAUGUUGACUUUGACAAGUUAUCUAAAGAUCAGAUCCACUUGAACCAUAAGGACCUGCGCUGGGUGGGAGCCUGGUGGCUCGGCUUCCUGUUGGCGUCCUGCCUCCUCUUCCUCACUGCGCUGCCUUACCUCUUCUUCCCCAGAAACAUGCCCAAAGAGGACGGCGCAGACGAUGUAGAGUCCACCCCGGACUGCAAACAGCCGCAGAGACACCAGGAAACGUCCCUCCUGCAGUUCCUCAAAAGUUUCCCUCGCAUUGCUCUGCGGACGCUGCGGAGCCCCAUCUACCUGCUGGUGGUUCUGGCACAGGUCAACCUGGCGGCGCUGCUGGCGGGUCUCGCCACCUUCAUGGCCAAGUUCAUAGAGAGACAGUUCACCCAGUCCGUCCCGUUUUCCACCAUGAUGAUCGGAGGAGUUUGUAUCCCGCUGGCGGUGCUGGGCACCGUCCUGGGUGGAGUUCUGAUGCGGCGGUUGAAUCUCUCAGUCAGCGGUGCCAGCAAGUUGUGCACUGCCGCCAUCCUGCUGGGCAUGUUCUCCUCCACGCCACUGCUGCUCAUUGGCUGCCCCACGCAGAAUGUCUCUGGAGUCUUUCCUGAACGCAGUGACAUGUUGUCGUGCAGCGCUGACUGUCGGUGUCCUCAGGAGGCCUUUAACCCCGUCUGCAGUUCAGAUGGUGUUGAGUUCAGGUCCCCCUGCCACGCCGGCUGUAACACCAUAGAAAAAUUUUUCGGUGACAAGCCAAACAUGACCUACACUGACUGUCGGUGUGUCGGCGGUCUGGGCGUGGCUUAUCCUGGGACCUGCGGCAGCGGAUGCUCCCACCUCCUGCUCCCAUUUGUGGCUCUGCUCGGCCUCACCGCCUUCAUCGCCUCCUUCUCACAGACGCCCUCCUACAUGAUGAUACUCAGGACGGUGCCCACAGAGGACAAGUCUUUUGCAGUUGGAGUUCAGUACAUGUUGUUCAGAGUGCUCGCAUUCAUGCCCGGCCCGGUGUUGUACGGCAGUGUCAUCGACACCACCUGCAUCCUGUGGGGCAAAAAGUGCGGCAAGCAGACUUCCUGUCAGUACUACGACCUGGACCGCUUCAGACAGAGGUUUCUGGGCCUGCAGGUGGUCUUUGUGUGCGGGGCGCUGCUCUGCUUCCUGCUGACCGUCAUGGUCCUGCGUAGGAGGGCCGGACGCCAGGAGCCUCAGCAGAAAAGUAAACGAGGCUACGAGAUGGUGAACGACCAGAAAACACCUGAGAACACUUUGUGUAAAGAAAAAGAACUGAUGAGCAUCAAGACCUGAUGAAACACAAGGAGAGGACGCAGGGAGAGAGAGACGCAGAGACGCUGGACGAGGACAAAGUGGUCGUAAAGGAACAGGAAGCUGCUGCGCUGACAAAGCUGCGACCAGUCAGUCUGCAUAACGAGGCUGAGACACUUUCUCAAAUUUGAUUUUUUUAGCCCAGUCACCAGAAGAAAAUGUUGGUAUUGUAUGUUUCUGCAAACCACAGAUAUAUUACAUUGGUACGUUUCAUAUGUAUCAUAUAAGCAUUUCUAAAGUGAGUUAGUGUAUGAGCUGACUUCAUCAGGGGAUGGUGGAUGGUUUAACACUUAGGAGAAGCGGCUGCUAAGCUGCAGACCACAGUGACAGACGACAACAUCCCAAACAGUGUUUUCAGUGACCCUUUGCUGUUUUUCCCGCCUUGAUAGUGCCACGAAAAGUGGUUGUUUUUUACCGAGACGUCACUGUGUUUCCAGCGGGGAUAGUGCCAUGAAAAGUAGUUGUGUUUUUACCAAGAUAUUGCUGCAUUCCAGUCAGGAUAGUGCCAAAGAAAGCAUUUCUUCUACCGUGACACCACUGCCUUUCCAGCGAAAUGGAGGCACAAAAAUUAGUUAUUUUCUUCUGAGACAUUGCUGCAUUUCCUGCUGGGAUAGUGCCACAAAAAGGGGCUUUUUUCACCAUGACAUCACUGUGUUUCCAGCGAAGACAGUGCCAUGAGAAACGGUUGUUUUAACAGAAACAGGGAUGGUCACACUUAAAGUAGUUAUGUUUUCCUGAGACAUCGCUGUAUUUCCAGCAGAGAUUGAAAACUGUAUUUUAAGCCAAAACAUAAUCUUUUUUCAAACCAUAACUAAGCUGUUUUAGUGCCUAACCCUAACCACACAGUGUUGGUUAAGUUUCAGUGUUUCCACUACAUUAUAAGAAGUAACGUAUCCAUGGUUUGCAGAAACAAACAGUGGCAGCAUUUCCUCUGGUGACUGGUUUGUCUUUACGCUCGGCUCACACUCCAGUUGGACCACUGGUGUGUUUGUACAUAAGCUGAUUCAUAUAUUCUGACAUAUGAUCUAUACACUGUUUUUUAUACGACGCUCAAACAGUCACCUCAACGUAUAAAAUGGGGCUGGUGUUUAAUAAGCUGCAGUUCCUCUAAUGGCCUCUAGAUGCUGCUCAAAGCCAACUGUGACUGUGUUGAAGUGAAUGAGAAAACUCAAGAGACAGCGAUGAAAUAUAUCAGCAACUGUUGGAUGGAUUGUGAUGAAAGUUUUUUCAGACUUUCAUGUUUCCAAGCGGAUGAAUCCUACUGACUCUGGUGACCCUUUGACUCUUUCUUUAGCGCCAUCAUCUGGCCAAAACUUAUAAUUGUCCAGUACUACCAGUACAUACUAUCCAGUAAAAUAUCUCAGCAUCUGCUCGGUGGAUUGGAGCAAUAUUUGGUAAAAACAGAAGGAUGACUCCCACUGACUUUGGUGAUCCCUUGACUUUUUCCUAGCGCCACCUGCAGGUAGAAUUUUCCAGACGGGAUGAAUUGUAAUAACUUAACUGAUCCCAACGAUGCCAGACACGUCCAAGUGCAGCACUGUGGUUUAUGACCAUAAUACUACAGAAUUAAUUAUAUUCACUUCAGCCUCAUUCUGUAUUUACUGCUAAUUAGCUAAUAUUAGCACUCUAACACAGCGAUGGUGAACAUGGUAGUAAACACCCAAAUAUUAACCUUGACAUUGCCAGGUUAGCAUUUAGCUCAAAGUUAAUGUGGCAACCUGGUCUCACGCUGAAAAACCGCCACUUGGUCAGUGACUUCUGGCGUCAGACAGGAAACACGGCUGGACAACAACGAAAAUUAAGGUGGCGGAAGUCUGAGUAGGGCGAGUGUGAGGCGUCCAGCGAUCACCAACUUUCACCCAGGAGGCCGGUGUUCACUUCCUGUGAGACUGUAAUGCCAAACCCUGUUCUUUUGUCCUAAACCCAGCCACGUGUGUGUGUGUUGUUGAAGGAAAAAAAAACAUCA